CACAUGCUUCCGUUGAAGUGCAUAAAUCAGGCUGCGCCGCCGCCGCCGUGAGAGCUUCGGAGGCAGCAGAGGAGCAGACACGGGAGUCUGAGCGCACUUGCACAUCACGCCGCCGCUGCUGCUGCUGCUGCUGCUGCCACUGCAGCCGGUGCAGCGAAAGGAGGCAAGGAAAGGAAGGAAAGAAAAAAAAGGAGGGGGGGGGAGGCUUUUAUUCGUCUCAUGGAGUUGGAAUGGCCUGAGAUCAGACUCACGGCAGGAGACUUGUCUCCGGCGGCCAGUGCACGAUGAUCGGCUGACUGUCUGUCUGUGUCUGUGCGUGGAUGCGUGUGUGCGUUGCUCGUGAAUUGCUGCAGUGCUGUUUUUCCAGGUGUUGUGGUGCGUGCGUGCGUGCGCAUGUAAGAUAGUGAGAGUGCGAGUGUGUGUGUGUGUGUGAGAGUGUGAAUGAGCGUGCGUGUGUGUGAGUGAGUGAGUGCCUGUGUGUGUGUGCAUGGUGUGAUGUUGUAGCUUGCUGUUAUAUUCUCUAACGAAUUAGACUAAAGCCGGGGGAACGGAGUCUGAUGUCACAUGUGCUUCAUCGGAGGAAACGGGGCAUCUGCAAGCAGGAUUUUGUGGAGGAUGCUGCGGCAAGUGAUCCACAGAGGGCUGAAGGCUUCGUUCUACUGGCUGGGCUUAUUCGUUAGCAGGCACCCCGUUUUCUUCCUCACCGUCCCCGCAGUCCUCACUAUCAUUUUCGGAUCUACAGUCCUGAGCCGAUUCAAGCCGGAAACGGACCUGGAGGUGCUGGUCGCCCCGACUCACAGUCUCGCCAAGAUCGAGCGGAGUCUCGCCAACAGCCUGUUUCCCAUCGACCAGUCGAAGCACAAGCUGUACUCGGAUUUGCACACGCCGGGUAGAUAUGGCAGGCUCAUCCUUCUCGCCAAGUCCGGGGGAAACAUCCUGGAGCUGGCGGACCAGGUCCUCCAGGUCCACAAGCAGGUGCUGGAUUUACGCGUUAAUUACAAGGGGUUUAAUUACACGUUCGCGCACCUCUGCGUCCUGAGCCACAGGGACAAGCGCUGUCUCCUGGAUGAUAUCAUCACCAUCUUCGAGGACAUCAGACAGGCGGUGCUUUCCAACAGCACUUUCCACAAGGUGCCCGUGAGCUACCCCAACACAACAUUAAAGGACGGCCGUGUGUCCUUCAUAGGCCACCAGCUGGGCGGAGUUUCCUAUUCACCCAACAAUCGGGAUCAGCAGGUCAAGUUUGCCCGUGCAGUUCAGAUCACCUACUACCUCCGUAACCAUGGGCCCGUGGUGCAGGACGCCAUCGCUGAGCGCUGGGAGAACGAGUUUUGCGCCCUGGCCAGCCGGCUGUCCAAGGCCGAAGCUCCGCACGCAACUGAUCAGCUUCACAUUCAGUCUCUUACGUCCUUCAGCCUGUGGCGGGACUUUCACCAGACAGGCGUGCUGGCCAAGGGGGAGGUGCUGGUCAGUCUGGUGUUGGUGCUCUUGGCUGCCACCAUCUCCAGCUCCAUGCGGGACUGUCUUAGGGGGAAGCCGUUCCUCGGCCUCCUUGGUGUGCUGACGAUUUGUAUCGCCAACGUGACAGCUGCAGGGAUUUUCUUUAUAUCAGAUGGGAAGUUUAACUCUACCCUGCUGGGAAUCCCUUUCUUUGCCAUGGGCCAUGGAACCAAAGGAGUUUUUGAGCUGCUGGCAGGCUGGAGGAGAACAAGGGAAAACCUCCCCUUCAAGGAGCGUGUGGCGGAUGCUUUUGCUGACGUGAUGGUUUGCUACACCAUGACCAGCUCCCUGUACAUCAUCACCUUUGGCAUGGGAGCCAGCCCUUUCACCAACAUUGAGUCGGUGAAAAUCUUCUGCCAAAGCAUGUGCGUUGCCAUUUUGGUCAACUACUUCUACGUUUUCUCUUUCUACGGAUCCUGCCUGGUGUUCGCAGGGCAGCUGGAGCAGAACCGCUACCACAGUGUUUUUUGUUGCAAAAUCCCAUCAGUAGAGUAUUUGGACCGUCAGCCCACGUGGUUUAAAACUAUGAUGAGCGAUGGCCAUGACCUGUCCACGCACCACGACAGCGUUCCCUACCAGAAUCAUUUUAUUCAGCACUUUCUGCGAGAGCACUACACAGAAUGGAUAACCAACACCUACGUCAAACCCUUCGUAGUCAUCCUCUAUCUCAUCUAUGCCUCUUUCUCAUUCAUGGGAUGUUUACAAAUCAGUGACGGAUCAAACAUUGUCAACCUCCUGGCUAGUAACUCUCCGAGCGUUUCCUAUGCGCUGACCCAGCAGAAAUAUUUCAGUAACUACAGCCCUGUGAUUGGGUUUUACAUUUAUGAGCCCAUCGAGUACUGGAACUCCACGGUGCAGGAGCACCUGAGGACUCUGAGUCACGGCUUCAACAAGAUUUCUUGGAUGGACAAUUUUUUUCACUACCUGCGUGUGGUAAAUGUGAGUGCGUCGACCAAGAGCGACUUCAUCAACAUCCUGAAAGGCUCCUUCCUGCGAAGCCCGGAGUACCAGCACUUCACCGAGGACAUAAUUUUCUCGAAGAACAGAGAGACUGACGAGUACGACAUAAUCGCCUCUCGAAUGUACUUGGUUGCACGGACAACUGAGAAGAAGCGCGAGGAGGUGGUGGAACUUUUGGAGAAGCUACGGCCGUUGAUGCUAAUCAACAGCAUCAAAUUCAUUGCCUUCAAUCCCACAUUUGUGUUCAUGGACCGCUACAGCUCCUCCGUCAUCUCCCCGAUUCUGACCUCAGGAUUCAGUGUACUUACCAUACUAAUUCUCACCUUCUUCCUGGUCAUCAACCCCUUAGGUAACUUCUGGCUUAUCCUCACAGUUACCUCUGUGGAACUGGGCGUCCUGGGUUUAAUGACCCUCUGGAACGUUGGCAUGGACAGCAUUUCAAUCCUGUGCCUUAUUUAUACUCUUAAUUUUGCUAUGGAUCACUGUGCACCCCACCUGUACACUUUCGUGCUGGCCACUGAGCACACUAGGACACAGUGCAUCAAGCUGGCGCUGGAGGAGCACGGAGCUGCCAUACUGCAGAACACAUCCUGCUUUGUGAUUGGGAUCAUGCCCCUAGUGUUUGUGCCUUCCAACCUGACUUACACACUGUUCAAAUGCUCCCUCCUGACUGCAGGCUGCACCGUGCUGCACUGCUUCGUCAUUCUGCCGGUCUUCCUGACUUUCUUUCCGCCGUCCAAAAAGCGGCACAAGAAAAAGAAACGAGCCAAGAGGAAAGAGCGGGAAAGAGAGCGGGAGCGGGAGAGAGAGAGGGAGGAGAUAGAGUGCAUUGAAGUGAGGGAGAACCCUGAUCAUGUCACAAAUGUCUAGAUAGAUUAUAGCAUCGCAAUACGAGUAGGUCAGGUAAAGGGGGCUUCUCUAUGUGUGAGAAACCUCGAGCAUGCAAUGGGGUGGGGGAGGAGCAUUCCCCCCGAGGAGUGGGCACUUGUCACUCCCAACCAAUAGCAGCCAAGUUGGUCAGAGUAGAACGCAGCUGUAGUGGUCAGUUCUUCAGUCUGGACAGUGUAUCUCAUUUGCACAAACUUGCUAUGUAAACAUGCUAUGGUUCCAAUGCUCUUUUCCAACUAUUUGGUAUUUUAAGACGUUAGCCGGUCGAAGCUAUGCUUGCUAAAUCUGUAGGUCAAUUCUAAAAGUGCAGUAUGCCGACGCAUUUAAAUAUCUGUAGUCCUGCGUUCACCUCCUGCAGCACCUCAUCUCAAGUACACCGAGUGAGGGACCAGAGCAGUCUUUUAAACCAAGGAUAAGAAUUAAAGUUGGCGAAAGCGCCGAAAGGGUUUAUAAUACAAACGUGCGCAGACUAAAAAGUGCACAUCAUGACUGUGAAUGCAACUCAUUCCUCACGCGCUGAUAACGGCGAAAAAAAAGAAACAAAACCAAAUUAUGUGGAAAAUAAAAAACAACAACAACAACAACAAAAAGAAACUGUGGACCUGGAAGCACACUGCAUGCUUAAUUCUGUAACAUUAGACCUCACUUAACAGCUGAACUGGGUAGAUGGCAUACACUGUGUCCAUCGUGAACAAUUGCACAUUGCAUUGUGUAAAAACAGAACUGUCACGGUUUGUAUAAGCAGGGGAUUAGAUAUUUCAUUCAUGCCAGAAUUUGUCAGGUGAGUUUUUAGACGGUGGCAAAUAAUGGAGGCAAUGGGCGAGGAGGAGGAAAAAAA